CCAUCAGCUGGCACACCGGACCCUGACACGCUUCACGUGCGUGCACCCGCCAGCUUUAAGGCCGCGGCAAGCUCCUCGACACUGGACACUGGUCCUGGCAAACGUAGGCUGGCCAAUUAAUCUAGGCCGGUCGGGACCGGCCACAGCCACACCCACGACCCACGUGUUGCACGCGGGCCGGCUGAGAUGGGUAUCCCCUCGUGCUACACGGCCGGCCUGGCCUGUCUUCGUGUCCGACGACUCAGGCAUCGGGCUGAGGUAUUCUGGUGGAGGAUGCUUCGCUAGUCGUUUCUGACGACUAGGAAGAGGCGGAGGCGGCCUGGAGUUUGCUGGGCCGGACGUCGGGUCGGGUGGCGCACGACGACCGCUGCCUCGAGGACGCCGGCAGUCUCGCCGCCGCUUCCCUCAGGAGCUGAUCGCUCUGGCAUGUGCAUCCAUGGCCAGGCCGGGCAGCGAGUUAACGCCUGGGUGCUGCCGUGUCGCCACCGCCAUGAGCCGAGCCUUGCCAACGAACGCUUGGCAGGCCAGCCCGCGGCGGCGGGGACGAGCAAGCAGCGCGCGGCGGUGCACGCUCUGCGGACGGGCGGGGCGUACCUGCUCAUGCUCGCUCUCAUGUCGUUCAACGGCGGCUUGCUCCUCGCCGCCGUGGCGGGCCACGCGGCGGGGUUCCUGGCGUUCAAGGCCGGCCUGUUCGGCGACGGGCGGGCGCUGGUGGAGGACGGGUGCGGCAAGGAGGAGCUCGCGCCGGCGGCGUGCUGAUAGGUUUCUCUGCGCGCGACGAUGACGGUGAUCGACGGGGGUUUGUCUGUCUAGCGUUUUGGCCGCCGCGUGCGAGUGCGAUCGAGUGAAUCCAGUAUCCAUGAUGCUGUUUUGCUGAAUCAAGUUUGUAUAGUUGAAGUCCUAAAAAAAAAGUUGGUGGUUGGGAGCUGUAGCACCUGAAUCUGUAGCUCUACAGGAGGUUAACAUUCAUGUGAUAAGAUUCGAAUCUCCUAGGCGUGUUUGGU